AUGCCCGGCCUCGCAGCUGAUAAUGCCCCUCUAGAGGGCGUUCCUCCUGUAAACUAUGGGACUGACGAACGUGUCGCCCAGAUCGAGAACGUUCGAGGGAUCUUCACCCUACACAAUGCCGGCUUCCUUUUUGGAAAGCACGCUCCCAACCAUAAAGCAUCAUUCUCCAACGACGAGGAGAUAGAGAAGGAAUAUUACCCGGAAAGUUUUGACUUGAUCAAGCGUCUUACAGGGGCCAGCAAAGUCGUUCUAUUCGAUCAUAGCAAGUAAUGUCGUACGUUGCAGAACCUCCAACCUCUGGUCCCCGUUCGCAGGGGCCCUUAAGCCGUUCACCGUCGAGUCGCCGGUGAAACAGGAAUCGACCCCAAAAAGCGUAGGCCCGUUCCAAGAACACAUGUCGGCCAGACCCCCUCGGCCGCCCACAAUCGUGUUCAUCGACAUCUCCCAGAAGCGGAAGCCAAGGAACGCCUGAAACACCGUUUCCAAAUCAUCAAUCUUUGGCGUCCCAUUUCUCACCCAGCAGACGACUGGCCAUUGGCCC